UGGUGCCAGGCCAAGCCGGAGCUGCAUAAAACUAGGCUUGGCCUCAGCUCUUAGCCAUUCACCUUCCUGACAACAUGAAGUCCAAAAGCUUCUUGAUCCCGGUGGUGGUACUUCUCGUCCUUGGGACGCUGGUGGCACAGGCAACUGUUGUAAGAGGUCAAGGCACUAAAAAGGGCAAUGUUCUGUUCAAAGGACAAGAUCCAGUCAAAGGUCAAGAUCCAGUCAAAGGACAAUAUCCAGUCAAAGGACAAGAUCCAGUCAAAGGUCAAGAUCCAGUCAAAGGACAAGAUCCAGUCAAAGGACAAGAUCCAGUCAAAGGUCAAGAUCCAGUCAAAGGACAAGAUCCAGUCAAAGGUCAAGAUCCAGUCAAAGGUCAAGAUCCAGUCAAAGGACAAGAUCCAGUCAAAGGUCAAGAUCCAGUCAAAGGACAAUAUCCAGUCAAAGGUCAAGAUCCAGUCAAAGGACAAGAUCCAGUCAAAGUCCCAUUCCUUGCUGCGGAAGGUGCCUGCCCCAAGAUUUGGAUUGAGUGCUCCACAUUAAAUCCCCCAAAACGGUGUUUGAGAGAUGCUCAGUGCCCAAGGAACAAGAAUUGCUGUCCGGCCUCUUGCGGGAAGAUCUGUUUGAAAUUCCCAUGAGGUGGAGUCUGUUCUUGCUGCACCUGUGAGGUCCCCAGGGAUGAUGACCCCGCUGCCUGUAGCACUUCCCUCUCCCACACUGCCCAUUCUUCCUCUCAUCCAGAAUGCCCAAAGCUGGGCUGCCUCUCUCAUGGACUUUCCAAUAAAACACCACUUUCAGCUCCA